UGGUUUGUAGCAGUGAAAAAGAAACUCGUCGCACAGUGAUGACGCACAUCUAGCGGCGACAAAAAGCUUUUUUUCCCUAAACACUUUUUGUUCGGUCUUCUACCAUGGACGGAAGUUAUCAACAGAAAAAUCUGUUAGAAAAACUUUAGUUUCUUUUGUUUCGAUUAAAUACUUUCGAGAUGGCAUCAGAGGGAGAAAUCAGUCUCCUGGUGGUUGUGGUGGACGUGAAUCCGAUCUGGUGGGGCCAGCAUGCUCAGAGCGAGCCGGAGUUCACUUUGUCCAAGUGUCUGGAUGCAGUCAUGGUGAUGGGAAACGCACACAUGGCUAUGACCAGGACUAACCAGCUGGCUGUCAUCGCUGCUCACUGCCAGGACAGUCACUUCCUGUAUCCAAGUAAACGUUUGAAAGGGAACGAUGAUGCGUCUUCCAGCAGGGAUGGAAAAUAUGAGCUCCUAUCUGUCACCAACAACCUCAUCGCUGAAGAGAUCAGGGAUAUCAUGUCCAAGACGGAAUUGACGGGAAAUUCGACUGAUACUCUUCUGGCUGGAUCCCUUGCCAAAGCUCUGUGCUAUAUCAACAGGAUUUCAAAAGAGGUGGGAGUUGCACAGGAGAUUAAAUCAAGAAUAUUGGUGAUAAAAGCAGCUGACGACUGCGCCCUGCAGUACAUGAACUUCAUGAAUGUGAUCUUUGCUGCACAAAAGCAGAAUAUCCUGAUAGAUGCGUGUGUGUUGGAUUCAGACUCGGGGCUCCUUCAGCAGGCUUGUGAUAUAACUGGAGGUCUGUACCUGAAAAUACCACAAAAAGUAGCGCUGGCUCAGUAUCUUCUGUGGGUGUUCCUGCCCGACUCGGAGCAGCGCUCGCUGCUGGUGCUGCCGCCACCUGCUCACGUGGACUACAGAGCCGCCUGUUUCUGCCACCGUACCCUCAUAGAAAUAGGUUACGUGUGCUCGGUUUGCUUGUCAAUUUUCUGCAACUUCAGCCCUAUUUGCACAACAUGCGAGACCGCCUUUAAAAUCCAACUACCACAGAUGGUUAAACCCAAAAAGAAGAAACCAAAGCUGCCAGCGUGAUGCUUUCUUUUUCAGCUUCAAGGCAACAGGAGUGACUGAUUCACAUAAACAGUAUCAGUAUUUUUGCUCCAGAGGAGCAAUGAUUUUUUUGAAGAAAAUACAAUGUGCAUUAAACUUACAUUUUAAGCUCAGUCUUAGUAUUUGUUCACAAGUCUGGAUUAUUUUGUUUUCAUUAAAACUGUUUUGAAACUAUUUUUGUGAUUUUAAAUAAUAAAACUCAACAGUAAAUUAUUUUCCCCAAACU